GCGGCGGCUGCCACGAAGCCGGCCCUCGCCAGCGAUGGGGCUAUCCCGAGCAGGCUGUGGGUCAUCUCGCCGCACGGGCAGCGGAACUGCGAGGGCGAGUAUUUCCUCGACAAGGCCUGUGGCCCCAGUGGCCAGCCGCUGUGGAAGCACCGCGCUGGGGACUACUGGCUAUACUGCAGUAGGCUUGGGCUCUGGAGCGUGGGCGGGGUCGAGGCGCAGGCGGAGGGCUUCGACUGCGGCGUCUGCGUCCUCUACCGCCGGCCCUCGGGGGCCGCGCGCCCCCUGCCGCACCACGUGCGGGGCGGCUGCUGGGCCCGCUGGGACGCGUGCGCCAGGCUGCCCCCGCCGCUCCACGUCCGCGUCUCGGAGGUCCCCGGCGCGGCCGGCGCCGCGCCGCUCGACGCCGCGCUGCGUGAGGCGGCGAGGCUGCGCGCGUCGGAGUUGCUGGGCGCCGAGGCCGCGUCCGCGGACCUGCCGUCUUUCGGGGUGGACCUCCCCCCAGGGGUUCGACGACGAGGCCGGCGGCACGCUGCUGAUGCUGGCGGCCUCCCGCGGGUGGCUCGGCCUGUGCCGAGCGCUGUGCGCCGCCCCGGCCACCUCGCGCGCUGGUGGGCGGCAGGCGUACCUUGACGCCAGGAGCUAUGACCAAGGCGGUACGGCGCUGCUCGGCGCGGCGAGGCACGGUCAGGUGGCGGCUGCUCAGAUGCUGCUGGGCGCGCGCGCGACACCGAACCUGGCCUCGGACGACGGCGCCCUCACCCCUCUGAUGCUCGCCGCCAGCGGGGGGCACAAGGAGCUGGUCGCGGCGCUGCUGGGGGCCCGCGCGGACCACCUCGCGCGCAGCAGAGACUUGAGGCGUGCCCUCGACUACGCGGAGGCCGGCCCGGGCGGCCCGUGCGAGGCAGGGGACCGCGACGUGCGGCUGUUGCUGCAGGCUGGGGUGGCGCAGCGUGCCGCGGAGUGCGGCGACGCCGCGGGAUGCCGCGGCGCGGCGUUGUUGCUGGAGGCCGCGGCGAUCCGCCGUUCCCCUGCGGACGUGGAGGCGGAGGCGCGGCUGCGCCGCAGGCGCAGGCGCAGAGUGGCGUACGCGGAGGGGGACCAGCUGCGCAUCGCGUGGCUCGCUGGAGACGAGAUGCCCGAGGUGCUGGUGCGGGAGAUCCACAAGGACGAUCCCGCGUACAAGUUGGGCGUGCGCAUAGGCUGGGCGCUCCUCUCGGUCGACGGCGCCUCCGAGGGGCUCCAGCCCCGCUGCCGCGGCGGGCUCGGGCGGCUCCGGCCGCCGCUGACGCUGGAGUUCGGCCGGCCGCUCGACUUCCCCGAGGAGCUGUGGGAGUCCAGGGUGGGCAGGAUGAUCGAGGAGCGUCUGGGCAGCGACGCGGGUGAGUGGGCGGAGGACGCCGUCGAUUGGCUCGAAGGUGCCGCUGACGACGUGGGCGACUUCGUCACCAGCCUGUUCUAA